AUGCCGCUGCCCUGCCGGAGCUGGACCCUGGCGCUCCUCAGCCUGCUCGUGGGAAUCCUGCUCUUCGCGGACAUCGCCGAGAUAGAGCUGGAAAUCGGGAAUUCUGGGGGCCGAGGUGCAGUCCGAUCAGCAGUGAGCAGUUUACAUAGCAGAUUGAAUAGAACGGAAGGGACAGUAAAUGGUUCCUCAUCUCCACCUGUUGCUGAGCAAAGCAAUGGCAACGUUAAGCACCAGGACAAGACAGUUCAAUCCCAGUGGAUACACAAUCAGACCCUGUCACUGACCAUCAGAAAACACAUCCUGAAGUUUUUGGAUGCCGAGAAAGACAUCUCGGUGCUCAAGGGAACGCUGAAACCGGGGGACAUCAUCCACUAUGUGUUUGACAGAGACAGCACCAUGAAUGUGUCCCAAAAUCUCUAUGCGCUCCUGCCGAGGACAUCCCCGCUGAAGGGCAAGCAUUAUCGGACCUGUGCCAUCGUGGGGAAUUCAGGCAUCCUGUUGAACAGCGGCUGCGGCAAGGAAAUUGAUACCCACAGCUUUGUGAUAAGAUGCAACCUAGCCCCAGUGCAAGAAUAUACCCACGACGUUGGAACGAAGACUGAUCUGGUCACCAUGAAUCCUUCCGUCAUCCAGCGUGCUUUUGAGGACCUGGUGAAUGACACUUGGCGCGAGAAGCUGCUUCAACGCCUUCAUAGCCUCAAUGGCAGCAUCCUUUGGAUCCCAGCAUUCAUGGCCAAAGGGGGCAAGGAACGGGUGGAGUGGGUCAAUGAACUUAUCCUCAAGCAUCACAUUAAUGUCCGCACUGCCUACCCAUCUCUACGACUGCUGCAUGCUGUACGAGGGUAUUGGCUGACGAACAAAGUGUACAUCAAGCGUCCAACUACUGGUUUAUUGAUGUACACCCUGGCAACUCGCUUCUGCAACCAGAUUUACCUCUAUGGUUUCUGGCCGUUUCCCCAAGAUCCAGACCAAAACCCCGUCAAGUACCACUACUAUGACCGCCUGAAAUAUGGCUACAUGUCCCAGGCCAGUCCUCACACCAUGCCUUUGGAAUUCAAAGCAUUAAAGCUCCUACACCACCAAGGAGCCUUGAAGCUCACAGUCGGGCCCUGCAACGGAACCACGUAA